UCUGACGUUUAUUUCUAACCUAAGAUUUUCUGUUAAUUUUUCUGAAAAUUGAUUAAUAGAGAGAAACCACUUUGAAAAGAUUUAUAUAAACAGACGCCAUGGCAGGAGACUUGAUUGUAGAUUCAGAAAUAAGAGUCUGGGUGUUUUUGCCGAUAGUGAUAAUUACUUUCCUAGUAGGAAUCGUGAGGCAUUAUGUCUCAAUGCUCUUAGCUAGCCAAAAGAAAAUCGAGACUCAACAACUUAAGGACAGUCAGAUGAUAUUACGAUCCAGAAUUCUUCGUGAAAAUGCAAGAUAUAUUCCUAAAAAUGCAUUUCUGAUAAGAAGACAGGCAUUUAAUAAAGAAGAGGAUGGAUAUUUAACUCAAAAGAGACCUGCAGUAACACAAAACAUGAUGACUGACCCCUCAAUGAUGACAGAUAUGGUUAAAGGCAAUUUAACUAAUGUUCUACCCAUGAUUAUUAUUGGUGGAUGGAUAAACUGGAUGUUUUCAGGAUUUAUUACAACAAAGGUUCCAUUCCCACUAACUCUACGAUUUAAAUCUAUGCUUCAAAGAGGAAUAGAAUUGUCACAUUUAGACGCUUCGUGGGUGUCAUCAGCUUCAUGGUACUUCUUGAAUGUAUUUGGUUUGAGGAGUAUCUAUACGUUAGUUUUAGGGGAAAAUAAUGCUGCUGAUCAGUCAAGGCAGAUGCAAGAUCAAAUGUCCGGUGCAGCUAUGGCAAUGCCACAAGACCCAAAGAUUGCUUUCAAAGCUGAAUGGGAAGCACUAGAAAUAGUUGAUCAUCAAUGGGCUUUAGCAGAUGUAGAUAAUAAGCUUUUUGGUGAAGAAAAAGUAAAAACUGACUAGUCAUGAGUAUCUCACGCACUAAUUUAUUUGUUGAACUUUACUAUUUAAUAUCAAAUGCGUUUUUCUUUUUAUUUAUAUUAUUAUUAUACAUACACUUUAUACUUUUAGAAGUCAUAUGUAUGUUUCUUAAAUAUGGCGAAUGCGCUGGUUAUUGCUAAUUUAUCCUUCCUAAUUUAUGAAGUAUAAAAAUCGCAAAUUGUAUAUCCAUUAAAUUUUGUUAAGGUUUCUCAUUAAAAAUAUUGAUAGGAGUUCUCAUUGUAUUAAUAACCUUUUGAUGAAAUUUCCUCACUGGUGUUAUAAAGAUGGUAUUCAUCCACUCAGAGAAAUUAAUUGUUUUUUAUAACUAGCUGUAGGUAUGAGUUUCAAGCAGAAUUUUAUAAUAAAAAAGUGUCAUAAA